UCUGUUUGGGUUCCCUUGUGCUUCUUAUAACCUCCUCCUUACAACCCACAUCUACAGACAAUUCAACGAUCAACCUCCGAGCGCUUAACAAACUUUCACCAGAUAUCACUAAUCAAGGCGACUCAAGCUUGAUAUGUCUGUCGCCUCAGAAUCCUCCAAGACUGAUGUCUUGGAAUAUAUCAUCGUUCACAUAUUUUGUCCCAUCAAAUUGCCGCAGCACAACGAUCAUACUCCUGACAAAGAUCGCUCCCUUGUUGAUGUCGUGCUCGGCUCAGCUCGCAAAUUUGCAGCAUCUUUACCCGAUGACGAGCAUGAGCAGUGGAGGUCUUUGUUGAGGAUGCUCGAGAACCUUGCUGUUACAAUGAAUUAUCCUGCCUUGACCGAGGAUGUGGUCAAGUCGCAAAUCAAAUCCAUGCAAGCGGGAGAUAUUCUCGCGUAUUUGAUUCGGGAACAAAAUGCUGCUGUCGUACUUCGUAGGCUCGACGAAAAAACCAUAUUUGAAUCCUUUGAAGUUUCUCCGCGGGCGUCUGCUGUCAUGGCGGUAGAGGGGAAGCUCUUGUGUUCAUAUCCAGGGCCUGCAAUCGCUGUAUCAAACUCAGUCGUCAAUAACCCCACCUUUCCUCCUGAGUUGGCGAACUUUCUCUCCCACAUGAGCUAUGAUGCGUUAGAUUCUACCUCCGAAGACGAAGGAGAGACCGCACAUCCUCGCUAUAUCACCCAGCUUCUCACCAACAUUCUUCGCGCAUUCGGCGAGCCCGUUGAUACACUCCGUAUUCGAAAACGUAUAGGCGAUGAUGUCAUGGACAAUGGUGCUACAGGUGAUAGUGCGCCACAGUCCAACAUCACACUCCCUUGGCGAAGAUCAUCCCUCUGGCUUGUCAUAAGGGUUGUAUUGCAGACAUCCCUCGAGAGCACCAGCCUUGGACGAAACGGUUACAAGGCUUUCAUGGCUUCGCUCAUGACGGACCUUGUGUCCAAAGCGCUUGAGGGCGACAUGCCGAGCGAUUUACUCUACUUCAUGUCCACUAAAAUUAGUCGACGCUUGGUCAAGCUUCAGGCUGAAGACGGAUGCUUAGCAAUCGCGAUGCACAAAGCUACUGAAGAUAUCAAGUAUCGACUGGAGCUGCGCUGGAAGAACGUUCAGGCGGUUCAGGCAGAUUCUUCUCAUUGGGAUGCCUCUUCGGAGUCAGAUAUAACCAGAGACACCAGGCUCUCGUUGACCAAGAGCGAGAAGUACAUCACCGCUGCCUUAAAUGCUACCUAUGCCCAAGCCACCGUGUCAGACUUUAAACCUGAUCAUCGCCAACGGGGUACUAUACAUGACUUCCUUGGUCCUGACGCCAAGUUCUUCGAGAGUGUUUGUGCCAAGGAAACCCUUUUAGCGCUCUUUGAUUUCGAAUGCGCCAUCGAGCAAGACAUUGGCAGCUGGGUGGAUCGUGCCAUGAGCCUCGAUGCUACUGGCAUUGAUGCUGCUUGUAUGAUCAUCCAAGCGCGCGCUGCAAUUUAUUCCGCCAGUGCGCAAAAACGUUAUUCCAAAAAUCCUGAAAACAUGUCCAUCAUGCUGCUCACGCUGUUCGAUCUCUGGGUCGCGCUUGACAAGCUGGCUGUGAAGUCAAUCCCUCUUCUCAAGGAGUAUUCUCCAGAGAUCCCAGCUGUCAUUUUCGAUAACCUUCUCCUUAAACAAGCUGCCGCCAUAGAGAGGCUCGGACUUCUUCAACAGUAUGUUGCCGCUCGCACCCACCAUGCGCGCCCGGACUUCUCUAUCUUCUCGGAUGGCGCGGAUGUAGAUGCAUUCGCAGUUCGCUACUAUUCUCAAUCUGAGAAGCUUCAGUCACGCAAACAGCGCAUUGAAGAUGAAGCAGAUGCGGAGCGGAAAAAGUGCAUUGCAGAUUUUCGCGACAAAAGCAAAAAGUACUUGCAUUUGACGAAUGAACUCGACGCUCUCAAAUGCGACACUUACAUGGAUUGGCGAGGUCGACCACGACAUGACAAUAAUUGCUGUCGGUGCAGGAAGUUGGCGGAGAGAGCUAACCUCUCUAUUGAAGUUCAUGAAUGGCCACUUCCUGAACGCGACAAUGAUGCAGCAGUAGUUUUAUUCGAACUCGAUGCCCCGAUCGCUUUCAAGAUGUGGCGAUCUCUCACAUUCCACUUUCUUCACGACAUAUGCCAGUGCACUACAAAAUCGACUCAAGUUGCAACGCAGCACAUGUUGCUUAUGAAGUAUAAACCAUUUGCAUGCCAUCAUGUCGAACACCCUGGCCAACGCAUCACAUUGGGCUCGGAGACAAAGUCUUCCCUGGCCACUCGCAAGUCCUUUCCAUGUACUGAAAGCGAUGUCAUCGUCAAAAAUAAUCUGUAUUUCCGCCUAUACGACACAACCGAAUGUGUUUGGGCUUCCAAAUUCCAUCAAACGUAUACCGUAUCUGAUCUUUGCACGUAUACACUACCGAAAGGUCCUUAUCACGGACUGCAAUGUUAUCUGUCGGGUACCCAACACACUUCCAACGAGGUCUUGGCCAAUCAGGCUGCGUGUCAUGCCGAGCUGACGCUUCACGAAUUCAUUGCUUUCGGGAGUCUCCGUAGCGGCAGCCUUCUGCAAUGGAUCAACAUUAUUCAUGAAUUACGAGCACGCACGCUCACGUUUCGCGAUCCGGCGGUCCAUUUGCUACUGCUCCAGGCUAGUUUGGAGGUGGGAGAGCUUUCAGCCAAUGGGUCUAGGGUAUGGCACGAUGAACUGAAAGUCUCAGACUUUGGGCACACCCUAAUCAAUGAGCUCCAGAGCUUGAAAGUAAGCGUAGAGACCAACUGGCUGGAGGGUGCAACGAUGGCAACAAUCUCUGCCCUGGUAUCCCGCCUUCUCUCAUCAGCAGUAGAUUUCAGUGUCAUCCAGCGAUCAUACGAGUUGCUACGAGCUGUCCGGAAUACAACUUUCAAAUGGGUGCAAGAGUUAUCCAAAGCUCUUCAAGAAGCUCCGGAUGAAAAGUCUAGUUGUGAACGCCAAGCCCGUGUUCGUGACAUGGCAAUCAUUUGUCGCAGCACCUAUGAUGUCGACCCAGACAACAUCACAGCACUUCUUGAAUCGCCACAGGACUUGGAGAUCUUGGUAUACUGCUCUGUUACAGUGAAGGAUAACACGCCUCCAGAUCUAGACGCUCUCCCGCCGAUUUCAAGAUUGCUUCGUGAUCGCAACCAUCGAUUGUCACACUUUCUAGAGACCUAUUUCCGAUGUCAUGUGGAAGACGACCAAGAAGGUCUUGAUCGAGCUAUGAAACAUCUUUGGUCUACAUACCAACGACACACGCGCUGGACAGUGCUUGAAUCUCCAAACUCUGGGUGGCUUACAUGUAAAACGGCGCCUUCUGAUGAUCCAUCCUGUCAAAUCAUACACCUCGAUAUGUUGACAGCUUGUCUAUUUGUCGAUGGCAAGCCGCUAGCCAGGCUGCCGGAUCAUAUUCUGCAGCAUCCUUGCUACAUCUUACUCUUCCAACAUCAAGUGCUUGAUGUUUUACCCUCCAAGAUUCGUGGCGCAGAAUAUGCUACCAAGACCAACAUAAAUGGCUUUCAAAUAUCUUUCGGGAUGCGCAACGGAGACGUUGUCAUUUGGUCGCAACGUGAGAAUGGGCACCUCCUUGAGCUGAUACCUGGACGAAAACUUCGGCCAGACAUCCCAGGAUUACUGGUCAAAAAUCACGUGCAUUGGCUCGACUUGAAAACCCGUGCAAUUGAAUUUCGUCCAGUGAAGGCAAUGUGGGAGUCGUCCGACAAGAACUGGGUGUUGCGAUACACGGAAGGCGGACAGUCAGUUGCACGGCUAGGCCAUUCAACUCUAUUUGAUAUCCACAGCCCCACGUUCUGCAUGAUAGCAAAGACGCUGAGUCCCAUAGAAAACUUUGGAUACCUGAUUGUCACUGCCAACGUGGAUGCAGGCCAGACUGUAGUCAAGGUCGAUCUCCCUCGGCUUGGACUGUCUUUCUUUAUAGAUAGGGAUGGGGAGUUACAUUCGCACGACCAGAGAGGCAUGGUUGUCGAUGAAGACCAGUCCAUUAACACAAUGAUUGGACUCGUCAACAAGCUCGUUCUACGCCCCAAAGAUCAACACACGUUCAGCGAUCGCCGUGUUAUCAUCCCACAAGGCGAUGUUGUAGUAAAGCACGAAGGUCACCAUGUGCAGGUCACCAUACAGCCCAAUCCUAAUCAUGACCGCCAUCAUUAUCACUGUUACACCAUCGACAUGGAACUCUGCCGCCUGACAGGAAACAUCGGUCUCACGAACAAACUGUACAAAGCAUACUUACACGCCGUGUGCAGCGCCCAUGUUCCAGAUCCGUUAACUAAACGUACCGGUGUAGAAGAAGCGAUGUAUUUGCUGCAAUCUGCCGCGUGCUAUUCCUUCAUGAAGCUGGACCCAUUUGAUUGCAAGCUUCUGGUUUGGAUAGGCUCCUUAACUGUCGAGCGGACAUGGUAUACCGCUCACAAGAACUCGCAGAAGGUCCACUGGCACCAUAGCUUGUCAUCUUAUGUCCAAGGUUGCGCAUUCUACCAUGCUGCCAGGAAUAUAGUCCAAUAUGCACGAAAGCUGCAGGUGCUUAGCGAAACACCGGUCCCAGUCUGUCUAGACUUUCCAGAACCAAACGAGUCCCUUCUAGAACGUGCCUCUCGACUGUCCAUUGUCCUUUACUCCUGUGAUCUAGUCAAUUCCUUUUAUCCCAGCGAAUCGUCGACCAGUGAUUAUACUUCCAGGGAUGUCCGCCGCUCAAUAGGCGACCAAACGGCAUUUAAUUGCGCAUGUAUGGUGCGCGACUGGAGUAUCACGCUUGAGCCUUGUCAGACGCUUUACGAUGUCUUCAUUCGGUGGAAUGAAGUUUCUGGCAAAACACUUGACGUAACCCUUCGAUAUGGCCGAGAAUGGUUGAAGCCUGACUUGGCUAAGAGAUGGAUGACCAUUGUAGAACUUUGCCGCUACACAGAUCGGGAGACUCACACAUUCCAACUCGCCUUCACAUUAUCAGCCACGACCUACUCCUCCCCAGAGAAUAUGGGACUUGCCGUGACCAUGUUCGCAUUUGCAGCCAAUCCCAAGCUCCGUGAACUUCCUGCUCCCGACUACGACAUAUACAACCUUUCAUUUGGGAUUGAACCCCUUGAACAGAAUUUAUGCCGUCACAUAUCUUCCUGCACUUCUUUCUCCAAUAGUCCCGAGGCGUCCUUGUCUAGGAACCAUAACGAGUCUUCCCAGGAAUUUGAUAGUCGACGACAAACGCACUUUCAAUCUAAGUGUCUAGGCGAACAGAAAGAGGCAGUUGCUAUCCUUCUUGAAUCUUGGCCUUGUCCUUCCGUCCCUGCACGUGCUCUGAAGUGUCUGAGCAGCUCCCGAUACGACGAGUCCACCCUUAGUACUGUCCUUGAAGGACAAUACAUGAACUGCUAUCGCAACCGGUGCCUGAAGACAUAUCUGGAUCGUGUACAGGAGGUGCUUGAUGAUGAAGUGAUUUUCACGCCAUCCAUCGAGCAACCUUACACAUUCAUACCGAGCAAUUCAGAUGUUAUAUCAGUCAAGACUGCCGUCCUCGCCAAAGACUUGUUCAAAAAGCCUCCACCCGUCAUCACAUUAUUUCCUGACCCACUCAAGCAGAUUCAAGUGUUACUGAGUAGCAGAUUCUCUGGUGAUGGGCUUGAUUCGUCUCCACUGAAGGAUGUCAUCUCGAACUUCAAGGCAUCGCGACGUCAAUCAGACCAAUUCGGUCUCCAGUAUGCCGCAUGCCUAGAAGACAGUAGGAAUCAUCUAGAGAAUGAACGGUUACCCAUCGCACCCCGCUCAACUUGCUGGACGGUCGAGAUGCUGCGACACCAUCAUGAGUGGUGUAACAAGCUUUAUAUGAACGCUUUUCGCAGAUUGGAAGAGCAUCUAGCUCCUUCAGGUUUGGCGGAGGAGAGUUUAUCCAAUUCUGGACGAUGGCCUCGCAUUACAGUCACAUUCCUACUCGGUCUUCUCGCUUCUACGUCAAAAACGCCUCUUUGCAACUCUUGGAAAGCCUCUUUGACCAAUUUCGCACAUAUCCUUCUUCGCUUACAAAGAUCACAACGACUUCUGAAGCUGAAAUUGGCAGCCGAUGGGGACAACGAGGAGUUCCUGAAGGAGCUGGUGAACGACGGCCACCUAGAAUUGGAUGGUACACAGGAAUAUGUAGACUGGCUUCUAAUUCAGGCAGAGAACCGAUUUCUUAUCCGUCCCACGCAAGCCAUGGUUGCAAUGGAGAUGAUUUCCCCACAUUCUGACAAGAAUACUGCCCUGCAGCUUCAUAUGGGGGAGGGAAAGUCUUCCGUGAUCGUACCUAUCUGUUGCGCUGCACUAGCCGAUGGCAAAAAUGUGGUACGGGUGGUCGUGCUAAAGCCUUUGGCUGUGCAAAUGUUUCAGCUACUCGUGGAACGGCUCAGCGGGCUUACCAAUAGGCGAAUUUUCCACCUUCCUUUCUCACGCUCCUUGCGCAUUACUUCCAGUCAAAUCCAGCCCUUAUUUGAAGAGUGCAAAUGCGUUCGUGGUAUCCUUGUCGCUCUACCAGACCACAUCCUCUCUUUCAAGAUGAUGGCUGUGGAGCAACAGCUUUCCCGUGCGAACGCAAUCAGACAACCACUGGUUAUGCCUCUAUUGGAUACCCAGCGAUGGCUUGAUAAGUACACUCGCGACAUAUUGGAUGAGAGCGAUGAACUGCUGCAUGUUCGCUUUCAACUUGUGUACACUAUGGGCGAUCAACAGCACUUAGAAGGUUAUCCUGAUCGAUGGACCACAACACAGCAGGUGAUGACCCUUGUGGCAAAACAUGCUUGCCUCCUGCAGCAAGAAUUUCCUCUUGGAGUAGAGUUCCAACCAGGCGCUAUCGGAACCUUCCCACAUUUCAGAAUCCUGGAUGUCGACGCAGGCAAAAGAUUGGUCAAACUAAUCUCUGACGAUAUCCUUGCUGGGUACCUCCCAAAUUUUGCAUUCGAACAUGUGCCAUCUCAUAUCCAAGACUCCAUCCACGAGUAUCUUACCCAGUUCACGAUUGAACCGCAGCUCCUUGACGAAGUCCGUAGCUAUUAUGCUGGGUCCAGUAUGUGGAAUGGAUUACUGCUCAUUCGAGGACUCCUUGCACACGGUGUUCUGAUAUACACAAUGAAGGAGCGGCGAUGGCGUGUAGAUUACGGUCUAGAUCCUCAACGUACGAAGCUUGCUGUGCCAUAUCGAGCCAAGGAUGUUCCUUCAUCUAGGGCAGAAUUUGGACAUCCAGACAUCGCAGUCGCACUCACAUGUCUUUCGUACUACCACGGAGGCCUCACUGAGGAACAGGUGACCCUCUGUUUCCGGCAGCUACUCAAGCAAGACAAUCCCGUAUUGGAAUAUGAGACAUGGAUCGAGGGGUUGUCUUUAGACUCGCUUCCAGAGAAUCUGCAACACCUCAGUGGAAUCAACAUGGAGUCUACUGAACAAUUCACUACCUGUUUGGUACCUCUCUUCGGGCGCAACAAAGCUGUCAUAGACUUCUUCUUGGCUCAGAUCACCUUUCCACAAGAAGCGAAAGAGUUUCCAAAAAAGUUAUCUUGUUCCGCCUGGGAUCUCGCAGAGCGAAAAUCAUCUGGGUUACCUACCACUGGUUUCAGUGGAACGAAUGCUUUUCGUUACUUGCUACCCACCAACAUAAUGCAGCAUGACCUAGCUCACCAGCGCGGUACGAAUGCCAGAGUUCUCAGUUACCUUUUGCAGGAAGAGAAUGAUUUUUUUGACUCGCUCGCAGCUGGCAGAGGCGCUGAAGAACUUCUUAAUGCCAUCGCGAAGGAGUCGCCGGAGAUCCGCGUCUUGCUCGACGUGGGCGCACAAGUGCUUGAUUUGGAGAAUGAUGAGGUGGCGACGAUGUGGUUGAACAUCAAUAAAAAUGCUCAAGCGGCAAUUUAUUUCAACAAGCACGAUGAGCUCGUGGUGCGCACUCGGGAUCACGUCAUAGAAUCAUUCUCCGCAUCUUCCUUUGCUCAGAAACUGGACCAAUGUGUAUUGUAUUUGGACGAUGAACACACCCGAGGAACAGAUGUGAAGUUGCCCCGUGGGUUCCGCUCAGCUGUCACGUUGGGCCCAAAGGUCACCAAGGAUCGCCUUGUCCAAGGUUGCAUGCGUAUGAGAAAGCUCGGCCACGGCCACUCAGUCAUGUUCUUCGCACCUCCAGAAAUAGAUCGCAGCAUUCGAGCUGUGAACAACAAUCGUGAUGGACGCAUUCAUGUGUCGGAUAUCCUCGUGUGGGCGAUGACUGAAACAUGCGUGGAUAUUGAACACCGUGCUUCACAAUGGUUUCAGCAUGGAGUGGAUUUCAAGUCUCGCCACAAUGCAUGGUCGUCGUUCUUAUCUGACGAUAUCACGCCCACCGAAUUCACCCAUUCCUGGCUACAGCCAGAAGCCAAGCACUUGGAAAAGUUAUAUGCUCCAGCUCUGACGGGCACCAUUACUUCGCAGACAUCGCUAGACGAAGAGCUUCUGGAGAUAUGCAGCGGCCUGGGGUUGAGCAUUUCGCCUGACAACCGUACGGACGAAGAGCAAGAGAGAGAGGUGAUACAAGAGAUUGAGCGCGAGCGCGAGGUGGUGAGACCCCCAAAAGUGCCGGCUGCUACCCAUCAAAUCAACGAGGACGUCCUGUACUUCAUCCGAACAGGCUGUAUUCCGAAUGGAUCUCGCGCAUUCACUGCCGUUUUCGACACCCUCACCACAACUUCGGCUGCGUUCUCGGGGUGUCAGCCAUGGUCGCGAGACGUAUUUGCCUCAAGUGAUUUCGCCACAACAGUCCAGGCCGCAGACAAAACGGACAGCUACAUCCGCCCAGUCAAUUGGAUUCUUUCGAGUAAUACAGUAUCAGACGCGCCAGUGCUAGUCAUUGUCAGCCCCUUCGAGGUCAACGUUUUUCUAUCUGAAAUUAGGGCAAGUAAGCAAGUUCACUUGCACGCUUAUACACCUCGCGUCAUCAAGAUGAUGAAGUCAUGCGAUGACUUGCGCCUCUAUGUUACACCAUCACUCCCCGCGCGAUGGAAGCCACGUGAUACCCUCAUCCAGCAGCUCAAUGUCUUUUCUGGGCAAUUAUACUUUCCUCAUCACCGCGCAUACGUCAAGCUGUGUCGCUUCUUGGGGAUUUAUACUGCAGAUCUCAAUGACCAGGGCACCUUUGAGAUUCAAAGUGAUAGAUUCAUCAAACCGGAGCAUCGGCCUCCUGCUGCGAAUCUUCCCAACAACUUCCAACAGUCGCCCAUCCCCAUGUUGAAGGCUCUUUUCGGUAUCCGCCGCAAGGGAAUGGGGUACUUACCUACGCACAUCGGGAAGCUAUUGGUUGCUCGACAGUUGACAACCAAGGACUUCGAUGAUCGUGUUCUCCAGUGAUUAGAGAUGCUGCCAUUCGUAGAUUGUGCAACAUUCACCAUCUUCUAGCAGGUCUUACAAACUACAUGAUGUCUUUUAUUCAUUACUACAUUGAUCGCGGUUGUGGACUUGAAUUUGCUAGUUACUUUAUCAACAUACAUGAUAUUAUUCCUCAUUUUCUUCAAUACUUCGUUCGCCUUCACCAAAGGAGCAUACAGUUUUAUUGCGUCCUCGCUUUCGAAGUUACUGAUUGAUUCUUAUUCCUCAAUGCAGGGAAGAUCAUCCUUCCCCCAUGGCACUGUCAGCUCAACCUA